AUGGCCAGCCCCGCGCCCUUAGUAGCCUCUAUUAGUCACCAAAUGGUGGCUCUGCAGACCCUGCAGCUGCUGCAGCAGGAAUGGGGCUGGGGGGACGGGCCAGGCGCCACCGGGGGUUCGCGCGACCCGGACCACGUGUCCGCCGCCCCUGUCCGAUGCUCAGGCCAUGGGCGAGCCCUGCUGGGGCCAGAACGUGAGGUGGGGGGCGGAACCGUGGGAUCCGGGGCUCGGGCGAGGACCCCCGAAGCAGGGAUGGUGCGGGGCGCCGAGGGGGGCGCCGAGCUGCUCCUCCUCCCGCGGGACCGCAGGCCCUGCACCCUGGCGAGGAUGGCGAUGCGCAGCGCGCUGGCCCGCGUGGUAGACUCGACCUCCGAGCUGGUCAGCGUGGAGCAGACGCUGCUGGGGCCCCUGCAGCAAGAGCGAUCCUUUCCCAUUCACCUGAAGGAUAGUGUUGAAUUUAGAAACAUCUGCAGUCACCUGGCUCUACAGAUUGAAGGACAGAAGUUUGACAGAGACUUGAGUGCUGCGCACCAGUGUUUGAAGACCAUAGUCAAGAAGCUGAUCCAGUCCCUCGCUAACGUUCCUUCAGAUGCCCAUGUGGUAGCCUGUGCAUCCCUGAGACAGAUCUUGCAGAAUCUCCCAGAUGUGUGAGUGGUAAAGACUUCAGGAUGAACACCACAGCAAGCACCAUGAAGAGACCUGGACACCUUCCGCUCCUAAUGGAAGCAGCGGACAAUGGAUGUUUGUAUCCAGGCAAGGAGACUUGAUGCACAUGUAGCAGUCAGACCCGCCACUUCUGUAGCCUUCAGAAUUACAGCCUGUUAGUGAACAUUUUUUUUUUAAGCUGCAGUUCACAUUUUUAAGUGUGUUAUUUUCUGGCUUUCUGAAACAUAUUCCAUCUUAUGGAAUGGGGUAGAUUAUAGCUGUACAUAAUUGUAUUAAUUCCUAUUAAAUACUAGUUUUGAUCAAAUGACACUCUACUCUGUAUUCAUAGUAACGUAGAUCUAUAAUAUUUAACCUAGUUAUUUCUAUGAUUAAAGCUGCAUGGUCCUUAAAUUAUCUUCAGAGACUGGGAUAUUCAGCAAUUGAGAU